ACCCUCUAGGCCUACUCCCCCGUCUGUAGUAGACUGGAGGGAGUGGGCGGGGAUACACAAAAUCCAGUCUCCCAGGCCACUUCUCAUUGGUCCCGCCCCUUCGAGCUUGGGAGGGGUGGUGCCACCCUUCCGACCUCAAGGUUCCUCUUUGGUCAGAGCACACCGCAGUCCUUUCUGGAAGAUCGUCCAGGCGAGCUAUGGCGGCGACACACGAAAGACCCAGCGCCCGCGAGAUCUUCUCCACUCUGGAGUACGGACCCGCGCCCGACAGCCACGCAUGCGCACUGGCCUGGCUGGACACCCAGGACCGCCUCUUGGGCCACUAUGUAAAUGGGAAGUGGCUAAAGCCGGAACACAGGAAUUCAGUGCCUUGCCAGGACCCUGUCACAGGAGAGAAUUUGGCCAGUUGCCUCCUGGCAGAGCCCGAUGAUGUGGCUGCAGCAGUGGAGGCCGCCUCAGAUGCACUGGGAAGCUGGAGUGGAGUCCCCGGAGGCGAGCGGGCCCAGCACCUGACCAGGCUGGCCAAGAUGAUCCAGAAGCACCAGCAGCUUCUGUGGACCCUGGAUUCCCUGGCCACUGGGCGGGCUGUGCGGGAGGUUCGCAAUGGGGACGUCCCGCUGGCCCAGCAGCUGCUGCGAUACCAUGCAGUCCAGGCCCAUGUCCAGGAGGAGGUGCUGCCCGGCUGGAAGCCCAUGGGAGUUAUUGGCCUCAUCCUACCACCCACGUUCUCCUUCCUGGAGAUGAUGUGGAGGAUUUGCCCUGCCCUGGCAGUGGGCUGCACCGUGGUGACCAUUGUACCCCCGGACUCCCCAACGCCCCUCCUCCUGGCCCAGCUGGCAGGGAGCCUCGGUGCCUUCUGUGGAAUCCUCAAUGUGGUCACUGGCCCUGCCUCCCUGGGGGCCGUUCUGGGCCACUGUCCCGGAGUGCAGAAGGUGGUCUUCUGUGGAGCUGCAGAGGAGGCACGUGUCCUGCGGCAGAGCCUAGCAGGCCACUGGCUGGAGCUGAGCCUAGCUCUGGGCAUGGAGUCGCUGCUGCUGCUGUUGGACUCAGCUGAUGUGGACUCGGCCGUGGAGGGCAUUGUGGAUGCAGCCUGGUCUGACCGCAGCCCGGGCGGCCUCAGGCUCCUGGUCCAAGAAUCUAUGUGGGAGGAAACCAUGAGGCGACUCCAGAUAAGGAUGAAGAGGCUGCGGAGUGGCCGAGGGCUGGACGGGGCUGUGGACAUGGGGACCCGAGGGGCUGCUGCCCGUGAUGUAGCCCAGCACUAUGUACAGGAGGCCCAGAGCCAGGGUGCAGAGGUAUUCCAGGCUGUCACCAUGCCCCCAGGCAGCCCAUUCUAUCCCCCAACGUUGGUCUGUAGUCUGCCCCCCGCCGCACCAUGUGCCCAGGCAGAAGUCCCGUGGCCAGUGGUCAUGGCCUCCCCUUUCCGCACAGCCAAGGAGGCGCUGGCCAUGGCCAACAGCAUGCCCCGGGGAGGCAGCGCCAGCGUGUGGAGCGAGAGGCUGGGGCAGGCGCUGGAGCUGGGCUAUGGGCUCCGGAUGGGCACAGUCUGGGUCAACACCCACGGCCUCAGAGACCCUGCAGUGCCCUCAGGUGGCUGCAAGGAGAGUGGGUCUUCCUGGCACGGGGGCCUGGAUGGUCUGUACGAGUACCUGCAGCCCCCAGGGACCCCUGACCAGCCGCCUUUUGUCUCUGAGCAUCUGAACUAUGACAACUUCGGCCCUGCCGUACCCGCAACCCUGCCAGCAUGGCCCGAAACAGGGCCCAGCCCAGUGCCCCCCUAUGGGCUCUUCGUGGGGGGCCGAUUCCAGCCUCCUGGGGCCAGGAGCUCCAGGUCCGUCUGGGAUUCUUCGGGCAAACUCCAUGGCUACGUGGCCGAGGGUGGAGCCGAGGACGUGCGAGGCGCUGUGGAGGCCGCUCACCGGGCUGCCACUGGCUGGGAGCGUCAGUGCCCAGGGGCCCGGGCGGCCCUGCUGGUGGCAUUGGCAGCUGCGCUGGAGCAGAGGGGCCCCGGCCUGGCCUUGCAGCUGAAGCGGCACGGUGCGCAGCUCGAGGCUGCCCAGGCGGAAGUGGAGCUCAGCGCCAGGCGACUCCGGGCGUGGGCGGCCCAGGCCCAGGCUCAGGCCCAGGGCCACACCCUGCAGGUAGCAGGGCUCAGAGGCCCUGUGCUCCGCCUUCGGGAGCCACUCGGUGUGCUGGCAGUCGUGUGUCCUGACGAGUGGCCUCUGCUUGCCUUCGUGUCCCUGCUGGCCCCCGCCCUGGCACACGGCAAUGCUGUGGUCUUGGUGCCCAGCGGGACCUGUCCCCUGCUGGCCCUGGAGGUCUGCCAGGAUGUGGCCUCGCUGUUCCCCGCUGGCCUGGUGAACGUAGUGACAGGAGAUCGCGACCACCUGACUCGCUGCCUGGCCUUGCACCAGGACGUCCAGGCGCUGUGGUAUUUUGGAUCUGCAAAGCAUCUGGAAGGGUUGCUCGCUAGGAGUGCGGCAUCCAGCAAGGUCAAGCCUUGGGUCUCCUCUCAUAACCCUGUUUCUAAGAAAGCAGCUGCUCAGCAAAUGAGCUGCGGACAGCACCAACCCCUCCCUCUCCCCAUCCCAGGGCUCCCAGUUCGUGGAAUGGGCUUCAGCAGGGAACUUCAAGCCCGUGUGGGUGAACAGGGGCUGCCCACGGGCCUGGGACCAGGAGCCCCAGGGGGCGGGCCCAGAGCUGGGGCUGCGGGCAGCAUGGACCAAGGCCCUGUGGCUGCCUAUGGGGGACUGAUGUCCAGUGCCAGCGCUCCUGUUCCACGGAGCAGACGCGGACCCUGACAGACGCCAGGCACCUAGAACUUUCCUCUCAUGGUCCUGUGUCCUCCAAUAAACUGUCUGACCAACCCCAGACAUGUUUGGAGGGCAAGGCGGGGGACUGUGACUUCUGAUCUUUAUGAAGCUCUUUAGCUCUGGAUUCAGCAGCCCCGGUGGGCGUCUAAAGGACAACACAGCAUUUGUGAGACAGAUAAAGGGGACUCUGAGAGCCCUACCCAGGGCAUUCUGCGGAGGGCAGCGGGAGGGGUUGGAGGGAAAUCCCUGGAGGCCCCUUGCACUGAGUGUGGUUUUAUGGGCCACUUGGGGGCUUUAAAGGGCUUUAAUGCAUUCAUCAUGCUACUGCCCAGACACAGCCCAGCAAGGCAGGAAGGGCCCUAGGUCCCCUGCUGGGGCAGGGGAUUGGCCAGCCUGGGUCAGGUGUCCUCUUCGGUCCAAUCACAUCUACCCAGGGCAGCUGGCCUAGGACAGUCAGCCAUCCCGUGCGACCAUCAACCACAGAUUCUGGUGCGCAGGGUUUCCUGUCACUACUGCCACAACUUCCCACAAACAGGCUUGAAAGCAAACAGCAUGACUGUAUUGUCUUACAGUUCUGGAGGUCAGUGUGGGAAAUGAGUGUUCCUGAGCUAAGUAGAGAGGUCAGCAAGGCCUUGUGCCUUUCGGAAAGCUCCUGGGCCCAUGCCCAUCUCGUACGUUUUCUUGUUUGUGUUUUUGAUUUUUUGAGACAAGGUCUCACUAUGUAUGAAUUUGCAGCAAUC